UUAAAUAUAAAUCCCUAAAAUUCGGAAGAGGUCGCCGAAAUCGAACGGCAAAAGCUGUCCAGAUGAAGGACGACGACAGCGACGAGGAUAUCUUCCUGGACGAUUCCUUCUUCGUCAAUCGAGACUAUGAGCUCACUACUUUCAAUUUUGGCAAUUCUGCUCUUCAGCUCUUCUGUCUUCGUUCUUCUUCCACUGAUUAUGAUCUUACAGGGCAGUUAGUAUGGCCAGGUGCAGUUCUUCUGAACAAUUACCUUUCAGGAAAUCCAAAAAUGCUUGAAGGGCUUUCCAUUAUUGAAUUAGGUUCUGGAGUUGGGAUCACAGGUAUUCUGUGCAGUAGAUUUUGCAGCGAGGUUGUAUUAACUGAUCAUAAUGAGGAGGUUUUGGAGAUUCUGAGGAAGAAUAUAGCACUUGAAUCAUCUUUUGGAAAUCUGAUUUCUUCUGGAUUAAAUGCUGAGAAGCUUGAAUGGGGAAAUCGUGAUCAGUUGGGCCAGAUUUUGCAAAAGUACCGUGGGGGAUUUGAUCUUAUUCUCGGGGCUGAUAUUUGCUUUCAACAGUCUAGUGUUCCUGUACUUUUUAGAACUGUGGAGAUACUUCUUCGUUCCCAGGCAGGCAAAUGCAGAUUCAUACUAGCUUAUGUGUCUCGGACUAAGAACAUGGAUGAAAUGGUUAUCAAUGAAGCUGUCAAGCUUGGAAUGGAAGUUAAUGAAGUCGCAGGCACCAGAUCUAUCAUUUCAAACCUUGAAGGGGUCAUAUAUGAGAUUAUCCUUCCCAAACAACAUUGAUAAUUCCUAUGAAGUCUUAAUAUUUCUUUGAUUUAUAUGUAAAUCAAAGUUUGCGAAGAAUUGGCUCCAACCUUUUUUGUUUGAUAGUGGAUGCUUAUUUAUACCUUUUUGUUCCUUUUGAUAUUCUUUAAAUAAUAUUUCAACCAACCAUAUAUGAA